UGGCAUGAGCAUGAUUUUGUCAAAAUUUCUUUUGGUCUCGUUUCAUUUUUCUUUCUUUCACACAGUGCCACCCAGAAUUAUCGAAGAGCUCUCCCCUUCUUUAGUGAUGUGUCAAAAGCAAACUCCGUGUUUACUCUCAUGUCGAGCAACUAGUUAUAUUCCGUUGAACUUCUCAUGGACGAAAGAUGGUCAGGUUCCAACGGGUGAUAACAUGAAGUUAUUAAAUAACAGUAUCAUUGUCACGCCACGGGAUGGACGAGAUUAUGGGGAUUAUGUGUGUCACGCUUCAAACAGCCUAGGAUCAACAGCCUAUAAAAUCACUCUCCUAGCUCCUAAGGAUAAUCAAGAUAAACAAAGCAUCUUCUUUGCUAGUGUGAUCGCAUUGUCUUGUAUUGUGGUCGUGUUGCUCAUUAUUAUUUGUGGGUUGAUAUGGCAGUGGAGACGAGCUGUUCAUUAUAAAAGGAUACCAAACAAAGAAAAAGUUGACUUUGAUGGCGUCAAAUCUUCACCUGAUCAACAGUCACGUGACAAACAAGCUUCAGAUCGAAGCACAUAUAUGGAACUCAAACCCAGGCCUUCCACUCAGGAGUCUCGUGUUCCUACUGAGUAUCAAUCGUUACAGGAAAAACCUGAGAACCGUGGGUAUUACAAUGUGGUGCUUCGGAAGGAAAAUGGCUGGAAACGAAAUGAAGAAGUACAUGAGAAAAUAUGAUAAUUCCAAAACUGAUUUUGUAUCUGUUUAGUUCAGAUUAUCCAUCCUUUUUUAUAUAGUAAGAUUAAUUAUAUACAUUUUCUGAUUUGUUGUUACCUAAAUUUCUCGGAUUAGAAAGUUUUUGUCAGUUAGUAGUACUAAGGCGUUAGUACACGCCUUCGUUACAUGCAGAUUAGACAACUGUAAUUCUCUGCGGUUAUAUGAUCUUUCGAAACAUUUAGUUCCUAGAUUGCUAUUAGCCCAGAAUUGUGCGACACGGCUGAUCUUAUGUGGUCGCAAGUAUGAUCACGUUACUCCUGUACUGAGGGAACUGCACUGGCUCCCCGUGGAGCGGAGGAUUAUUUUUAAAAUCUUAUUUUUUACUUUUAAAGCUUUAAAUAAUUUAUGCCCUAGUUAUAUCAGUGACUUGUUAGAAACUUCUAAGCCUACUAGGUCUUUGCGAUCAUCGAGUUGGAACUUGUUAGUGAUUCCUCGCUCCAAGUUGAAAUCUUUUGGCGAUCGCGCCUUUUCUGUCUCUGCACCUAAGCUG